AUGCGUUCCGUUCUCGCCCUCGCUGUCUUAGCUCUCGCCGCCAUUUCUCCCGCCGCCGCCGGCACCACCGACUCCAAGGAGCGCAUGACCCAGAUCACCAAGCGCUCGACCAAGGUGACCGAUAUCGAGAUCAUGAACUUUGGUAAGCUGGUAGAUUCAUUAAGAGCAGGGCACCUGAGCAUUGUAGACCGCUGCUGUCGGCCGUAGCACGCCCCAGCCGCCAAUCUUGCUAGGCUCGAUUUUGAACGCGCCCACGCGUUCAAAGGACAUACUCGACCCCUCUGUCUCCUUGCCGUCGGCGAUCACACAGCACCCCCACCAAACGAACUUGCUUUGUUCAAAUUACUAACCGAAUAAAUAUCUUGAUGGCGCACAGCUCUCACCCUCGAGGUUAGUCUCAUUCGUUGCCUGCCGGCUGCCGGUGUCUUGGCAUCAGCGGCUGCGCAGUUGUUGAGCACCCCGCGGUCUCUUCGAUCAGCUCUGACGGUUACCCCCCUUUUCCUCGACUGUUUUGUCUUUUCGUUCACAGCACCUCGAGAAGAACUUCUUGUACGUCAUCAACUUUAUGCGCACCGUGCAUCGCCGUAUCUGUUCACCUGUGACUUACUCGACGCCCUUGUUUCACUCUCUUGCUCGGGCCACGCUUCCACCGUCGGCUCGCUUGUGUCCACUGCAUCCGGCAUCUGCAGCUUCACAGGGCUUGCCAAGUACAAGGUUGAAGACUUCGUCAAGGCAGGGUACACUAAGAAGCUCCACAACCGCAUCCAGACCAUCGGUAUCCAAGAGAAAGAUCACGUCAUCGCCCUCGCGAGUGGCCUCGGCAAGAACGCCGUCUCGCCUUGCCAGUACGACUUUGGGGGCGCACUCGCGUCCGUCGACUCGUUCGUCCACAUGUCUCGCGUGCUAGAGACCGUAGGUACCGCUGCCUACCUCGGCGCGACCCCCAAGUUCUCGACUCCCGCCGCCGUUGGCGCUUCUGGAUCCAUCUUGACGAUCGAGGCCCGCCACUCGUCCCUCUUGAACGAGGUUGAGGGUCAGAGUGGCUUCCCCGCCCCCUUCGAGACCGCGCUUGAAUUCAAUCAGGUUUGGUCGUAAGUCAUACCCUUGAAUUGCAUUGCCGAUCCAUCAUGACGUCGCAUAGGCUAACCCGAACCAUACGGCUCACCUCAGGCUCGCCUCCCCCAUGAUCAAGCCCGGCACGUGCGGUGCAAAGAAGCCUCUUCCCCCUGGCCUCAAGGCGUACCCCGUCUUGAACGUCGUCACCAAGGUACCUCGCCGUGGCCACCAGAUCGCCGUCAAGUUCGCGCAAAAGGCCGGCGGCAAGGCCUACGCCGUCUUCUUGUUCAGCGGCGUCCAGACCGUGGUCUCGGUUAAGCACGGAUCCGACGGUAUCAGCCGUAUCGACGUCCCCUCCGGCUUCCAAGGCGCCACCUACCUCUUCAUCUCUUCGUCCAAGGCAGGUCUCACGGAUGCUUCCACCGUUGCUGGCCCCGCCCUCCUCUUCCUCUAA